AUGUGGGCUGAUACAUUAUUGAUCGUUUUCAUAUCGGUUUGCACAGCAUUAUUAGGAGAAGGAUUAACUUGGUUGAUGGUUUAUCGAACCGAAAAAUAUCAAAAACUCAAGACAGAAGUGGAAAAGCAAAGCAAGAAGUUGGAAAAACGAAAGGAAACUCAUGGUGAUUCAUUGGAUAAACAACAAAAAAAGAAAAUUGAGCGCGAAGAGGAAAGACUAAAAAAUGACAACAGGGAUUUGUCCUUUGUGAAAAUGAAAUCCAUGUUUGCCAUUGGUUUUGCAUUCACUGCCUUACUGAGCAUGUUCAAUAGCAUUUUUGAUGGUAGAGUUGUGGCAAGACUACCUUUUUCACCAGUGACCUGGAUACAAGGUCUUAGUCACAGAAAUCUUCCUGGAGAGGACUACUAUGACUGCUCCUUUAUAUUUCUAUAUAUUUUGUGUACAAUGUCUAUUAGACAAAACAUUCAGAAGUUGCUAGGUUUUGCACCAUCUAGAGCUGCUUCUAAACAAGGAAACAGUUUAUUUGGGCCAACAGCUGGUCAGUUCAAAUAA